AUGACGACUAAUGGCGUUGAUGAUGAAGUCAUGCUAAAAACGCUGACAGUAUUGAGAAAGACAAGGCCACAGACAGCAACAGGAGUACCAAUACCAAUCCACUUCGAAUCCUCUGUCCUUGCAGAAGCCUUCUACGGGAAGUCCAAGGAUUCGCUUCCUCAGCACUCCUUCGGGCAGGCCGGAGGAACCCCAGGGGGGGCAGCUGCAACGCCACAGCAACAGGUCCUGGAGAGCUCUGCGAAGACCGCUUUGCGCUCACGACGUUCAUGCCAUAAUAAGAGUAUGACAGCAGACAUUUUCUCUCACCUACAGUGGUUCGAUCCGCAGUCGUAUCCUUCCCGUACCGACCUGCUGAAGGAGCGCUUCACUAACUUUCACGGACACCGCCUCAAUAUAGGUGCGCUGACUGAUGACUUCCCUCUUGUCUUCUACGCGGAUGCUUCAAAAACAACAAUCACGGGCCUGGCUGUGAUGAUGCUCCAGGAACUCGCCGGCGCCCUGAACCUGACCUUCUCCCUGGAGGCGGCGACGUCCAGGGGCAUCACCAGCUUGUCCUGGGACGGCGUCGCGAGGAAGAUGGCAGCCUACAAGAGGGACCUGAUCAUCAACGGCCUCCCUCUGGCUUGGGACCUCGCACGCGCCCUGGACGUCUCGCUGCCCGUCCUGCAAACGUCCUACGGGAUUGGACUCAAGACGCCCGUGACCGCCAAGCGCUGGGAGACGAUCGCGUACCCCUUCGGAGGGCGGGUGUGGCUGGCGCUGGGCGUGGCCCUCGUCGCCCUCGCCCUCGUGUUCCAUGGCGUCGCGAGGAACACCGGGAGCACCGUCUACGUGCACAAGGCAGACGUCCUCUCGACCCUGCUGUGGCUGAGUCGCACGCUCGUCAACCAGUCUGUGGCUCAGGUCCCCGACGUCCCCGGCAGUAGGACCCUCCUCUGCUUCUGGUGGCUGACUGCCCUCGUGAUCACCGCGUCCUACAUGGGGAACCUGAUCGCCUUCCUGACGGUGUCCGCGCAGCCCGCCAGGAUGAAGACCUUGGAGGAGCUGGCGGCGUCGGGGUUUCCGUUGAGUGUGAAUCGGGGUCGCUUUUGCACUGAGACGGAGACUCUGUUCUUAGGCUGUCGGGUUUCUUUGUCUUUGUGUCUGGUGAUGCGGUGGCUGUUCGGGUUUCUGUGAACAUUUCCUUUUUAUUUAUAUUGUUUAUUGUGUAUUUUGUAAAUUACGAGUAUUGUCCCAAGACACUCUUAACUUGUUACUCUAUUUCAGUAUAUUAAUGUACUAUUUUCUUUCCAUUAUCAAAAUAUUUUUGAAAUGCACUUCGAAAAAUAACAGUUAUUUGUAUUUUUGUUCUUUCAAGGGACUGCAUUUCAGCUUGUUCUUUUUAUUCCUCUUGAUUUACUUUGUUUGAAAGGCAUUUAGUUGGCACGCGAUUCAUUUAUUUCAGAUUGCCUCAUUUCAGGAGUUAUAAUCCACCAUACGUCCUCUUGAUUCAUGUUUUCACCCACGAAAGAUAGAUUCUGUAGGGUCACUUUCUUGGUAUAUUUUUCACGAAUGGCAAAUGUUAUAUGAUUAAUAAAUUGCCGUCUUAAUGGGCAUAAGUAACUGAAAGACCAAGGAAACCGUAACUCACUCUACACUCCCUCCAACAGCAUCUACGCCAGGCAGCAGGACUCCCUCGCGGCCGUCCUGCUCACAGCUUCUCAAGACCCCGUUUACCAAGAGCUUCGGGAACGGCUGGUGUUCUACGACGAUUUCCCCGAGCUCUUUUCCGCUCUGAAGGAGGGCAAAGGAGUAUUUCUGGCCAGCACGAGCUACCUCGAAUACAAAGUCCUGGGAUGGGGUGACCAUGAGCUCUAUAUCCUCGAGGAGAAGAUAUUUCCGACAUACCGUGUCUGGGCUUUCCCGAAGGGGACGGUGUGGAGGAACCAGGUCGAUAAGUACUUGAACAUGAUGGCGGACACGGGACUCCUGGACAAGUGGCAGAGAGACAUCCUGACAACCUUCCGCGUCGCCAAAGGAUAUUCCAAAGAGGAAACCGACAGACGCAAAAUACAUCGUCGUCCUCUGAAUCUCCACGAC